GUACUGCCUUCCCCAGUUGUAUGGUGGCCACAGCGGGCGGUGUGGCUGGCGCAGGGACCGUCCGACCGAGUGCCACGACCUACGACCCGCACCAAAGAGGACAACUUGUGUUUGGAGCUUCAACUGCUUGGAAGGGGCUGGCUUCAUCCUGCACCACUUUGCACCUCGCCGUCGCAGACGCAUCAUUUCAGCGUUUUGUUUGGUUUUCUUUCCUUGAUUUUUCUUUUCCUUUCCACCGACUCUUUCUUUUAUUCGAAUUACGCACGGUCUACGCCUCGACGCAUAACACACACAUACAUACAACUGAUCACCGUUGAAGAUCCGACAUCUAGCCAUCAUGCGGAUGCCAUCCUUCUCUGCCCUCGUGCUCGGCGCUCUCGCCUGGACUGCCAGCGCAAACAACGACGAUGAUGUUCGACGCAUUUCGCUCCGCACUCACACGCUCGAGCAGCCGUACCUCGACUCCGAAAUGCAAAGUAGAUGGUUCGACUUUGGAGGAGACACUGUCGUUCGCGCCGACUCAUAUAUCCGCCUUACGUCUGACCGCCCUUCGCAGUCCGGUUGGCUGUUCUCUCGAGUUCCGCUGACGGCUACCAACUGGGAGGUAGAAGUUGAAUUUAAGAUUUCCGGCAAGAACCAGCUCUACGGUGACGGCUUCGCCAUGUGGAUCACACGACAGCGCGGCCAGCAAGGCGAUGUCUUUGGAAACGCCGACCGCUUCGAAGGAUUGGGCGUCUUUGUCGAUACCUACAAGAACAACCGCCCCGGUGUCGUCUUCCCAUACGUUAUGGCCAUGUACGGCGAUGGCCAUAAGUCGUACGACAAGAGCAACGACGGCAAGGAAGGCGAGCUUGCCGGCUGCUCGGCCCGUGGUAUCCGCCAUGCCAACGUCGACACCAAGUUGCGCCUCACUUAUUUCCAGGACAAGCAGCUCAAGCUUGAGUUGCAGUACAAGAACGAGGACGAGUGGACCGAGUGCUUCAACAUUGACAACCCACCUGCCAUCCCCAACAUUGCCUACCUCGGUUUCAGCGCUGAGACUGGCGAGCUCAGCGACAACCACGACAUCAUCUCCGUCAAGUCAUACAACUUGUACUCCCAGCCUGGAGCUGCGGGUCGAUCCAACAGCGGUACCAGCAGCCAUGGCGGCAGCAAGCACUCCGGUAACAGUGGCAGCUGGACCUGGUUCUUUACCAAGAUCAUUCUCUUCUUCCUUAUCGUUGCCGCCGCCUACGUUGCCUUCACUGCCUAUAGAACAAAGGCGAGAAGCCACCGUUUCUAGAGAAGUGUUGAAGUUUGGUUGGACGGAGAAAAAGUAGGAUGUAACAGGAACGCAUUUGCGUAUGUUUGGGACGAUUAUACAACGUAUGGGCGGGAUUGUGAAGGACAGUGUUUCUUCUAUAUAGCGCUGUGAAGCUGCUUCCUAUGCCAUGGAAAGUGAAGAAGACAGCAAACCGCUGUAGAAAGCAUAUUGAAACAAUAUAAAAAUCACAUAUGUAUCAUAAGCAACGAGUACAAGACCUUGUUUGAUUUUGUGUCACCUCAUACCAUUUCACCUGACCGCUGUUUCAAAUCGAUUCUAGCAUAAAGUUUAAAGGAUGAGAGUGGCUAUGUGUUUUACACUGUGAAUUGAGUUUGACAAAUAAGACGGUUAGUUAUACAGGGUAGCCAGCCGCCGAAGCGAGCGGGAAGCGUGUCGAGCGCAUAUGCCGUUUAUUGAUUAAAUCUGAAACUUGUUAUAUUUUCAAAUGAAUUAAUUUGGAAUUUGACUCGUCAUAAACGAGUUGAAAGGCAUAGUGUCAAGGGCUGGGUUGGACUAUUGUAGGCUGAUUGGCGAUUAGAGUUUCUCCAAGGGCGGCGAGGCGCACGACGCAAACAGCUUCGGAGCUCGGCGACCUGUAUUCGUAUCGUAUGAUUAUUCAAAAAGGGGACGAAGCAGAUGCGUAGUGAGUAAGUCUUCCUCUCGUAAAUAAACAAUAUUAAUCGCAAAAUAUUUAAUUUAUUUUCCUGAGAUUACACGCUGUGCAAUUACAGUCGCAAAAGACGACCGCAACGUACAGCUUCUGCGGACUUUACUUGCUCGCGAACAGCGCCGAAGAUGGAAUUCCCCCAUUCCACAGAAUCGCCGGGCUCCAGGCCUGCCGCUCCUUCGGGUAGCGAGCUGGGCUCAGUUUCUACAAAAGUGGUGUGUGGGACGGCAUGUUUUUUGGGGGUGACGGCCAGAGCCUUGGGGAGAGAACGCAAAUUGCCCGCGAGAACAGACAGGCCCGGCAAGUUGGAAUUCUAUAUACCGUAGCUUGUCGUAGAAUCUGUGCAGCAGAUGAGCCUGAGCUAGAACGAACGUCUCUGCUGCGCCCGGGGUUAACGUGGGAUGACGGGGUGGCAAGCAGCAGCAGCACGCCAUAGGAUUAUGUGGUAUCUCGAUGCCUCGUGGGCGGGCUAGGCU